GCUCGCGGACUGUCAGGACCUGGACAGCUGAGGCGGGAAAACAAGGAGGUGUUCACCUGUAAACCCCCAAUGUUGCUUCAAGAGACGAGUGCUGGAGACCUCCUGACAAAGGCAGCAGCUCAGGGGGAUUUUGAGGAGGUGAAGAGACUGCUGCACCAGGAGAGGAUCCAUCCCGACUGCCUCAACCGCUUUGGGAGGACUGCAUUGCAGGUGAUGAUGUUCGGUAGUACGUCUGUAGCAUCAGAACUGCUGAAACAAGGAGCCACGACAAACAUUCAAGACUCGCAUGGAAUAACACCGGCACACGAUGCAGCCCGUACA